AUGAACACAUGGGCGACUUGGCGUCCCUAGUGAUCAAGACCAUGAACACAUAGUAGUGCCGAAUACCACACAGAUAUUUUAAUUCAGAAAUUAAAAAUUAGUUAUAACAUAGAGUAGAGAGAUGGAUUUUACGGCCAAUCGUUUCAAAACUGGUGCAGCUGCUUUCCCAAUCGAUUCAAAUCUGACUUAAUUGGAGCCCAUCUUCAGUUCUUCUGAUUACACAAGAUACCAAAGAUAUAAAAGAUUGUCUACAGAAUUGUAUCCGGUGCGGAACAUAAGAAGACGGUGAAAUGGGAGCCUCCAGUGGGCCAAGGCUUUCUGGAAUGCAGAGACAAGUACUUAGUCUAUACAGAGGGUUCUUGCGGGCAGCUCGUUUAAAAUCUGCUGAAGAUCGACACAAGAUUGAGUCACUUGUGUCGAAUGAGUUCCGCCACAAUGCCAACAAUGUAGACCGCAAGAAUUUUCUUUACAUUGAGUACUUGGUUCGCCGUGGAAGGAAACAGCUUGAUCAGCUCAAGAGCCCUGAUACUGUUGGAUUAUCAGCUCUGAAUAUGGGACCUUCUUCAAGCAUUUGCAGCGCUGGAUAAUUAGCUUUUCUAGACAAGGCAUUGCUCCCUCCUCUAUGGUUACCAAUUGUAGUUCAUCCAAUUUAUCAAUACCUAAUAACUUCAGACUUGGAAACCCUCCUGCCUCAAAGUGCAAGCUUUCUCCAUCAUAAACUUGUAAAAGUUCAAGAUGUACCAGGUUUGGCAAACCCCGAAGAUGUACUAGAGGAUCCUCCUUCAGCCGACUCCAUUUUAGAAACAGUCUGACCAGGUUUUGAAGAGAAGAAAUCCAGUGGGACAACGAGCGAAGGCUGGUCAUAUUUUGGACGGAUGAGCAUAAGAGCUUUUGGAGCGAUUGCAAGCUACUUAUCCCUGCUGGAAUCUUAACUCCUUUUCUGGCAUUAAAUCGGGCAUAUGACUCAACUUCAUAACGAUAAACCAGGAGAUGACGAAGUCGCUUGAGAUUCAAAAUCUCAGCAGGUACUUGAGAAGAAGAAGCUUGACAACCUCAAUUGGAAACAUUUCCAGAUGUGCACCUUCUAAGUCUAAUACAGUAAGCAACUGAAGACCAGUAGGAAACAAUUUUGGUAUGGGAAAAUCAGUAAGUGAAUCUUCUA